GCGCGCGCUGCCUCCCAGCAUCCUCACCUUCUUCUUCUUCUUCUUCUUCUUCUUGGUCCACCUGGAGGCAGGGGCCGUCCACAGGAGACAAGAGCAUGAGGUGGUCCAUGUGUUAGAAGCCCGCGAGUCCCCCCCCUCCCCCAGGAAAAGCGUCCAUCAGCAUGUUCGUCAGCUUCGACGUGCUGUCGGCGUUGGCCACGCUGGCCGCGUGCGUGCUGUGCGUGGCGCUGCUGCUUGCCGUGUGUCAGCAGCUGUGGCAGCUCCGAUGGACGUCCACGCGGGACAAGAAGUGCAAGCUGCCCAUGCCCAAAGGCUCUAUGGGCUUCCCCUUCAUCGGAGAGACGUGUCAUUGGCUCCUGCAGGGUUCAGGUUUCCACGCCUCGAGGAGGCAAAAGUACGGCAACGUGUUCAAGACCCACCUGCUGGGCCGCCCGCUGAUCCGGGUGACGGGCGCGGAGAACGUGCGCAAGGUGCUGAUGGGCGAGCACACGCUGGUGACGGUGGACUGGCCGCAGAGCACCGCCGCCCUGCUGGGACCCAACUCACUCGCCAACAGCAUCGGAGACAUCCACCGCAAGAGGAGGAAGGUGUUUGCCAAAGUCUUCAGCCACGAGGCCUUGGAGUCGUACCUGCCCAAAAUCCAGCAGGUGAUCCAGGAGAGCCUGCGAGUGUGGAGCUCCAACCCUGAGCCCAUAAACGUGUACAGGGAGAGCCAGAGACUGUCCUUCACCAUGGCGGUUAGGGUGCUGCUGGGCUUCAGGGUGUCCGAAGAGGAGAUGAGGCACCUCUUCUCCACCUUCCAGGACUUUGUCAACAACCUCUUCAGCCUGCCCAUAGACGUGCCCUUCAGCGGGUACAGGAAGGGUCUCCGAGCGCGCGACACGCUGCAGAAGAGCAUCGAGAAAGCCAUCAGGGAGAAGCCGCUGUGCACGCACGGCAAAGAUUACAGUGACGCCCUGGACGUCCUCAUGGAGAGCGCCAAGGAGAACGGCACCGAGCUCACCAUGCAAGAACUCAAGGAAUCCACCAUUGAGCUGAUCUUUGCUGCCUUCGCCACCACGGCCAGCGCUAGCACCUCCCUCAUCAUGCAGCUCCUACGCCACCCCCCCGUCCUGGAGCGUUUGCGGGAGGAGCUGAGGGGGCGGGGCUUCCUUCACAAUGGUUGCCUGUGCCCCGAGGGAGAGCUUCGUCUGGACACAAUCGUCAGCCUCAAGUACCUGGACUGCGUCAUCAAGGAGGUCCUCAGGCUCUACACCCCCGUGUCUGGGGCCUACCGGACCGCCAUGCAGACCUUUGAGCUGGACGGGGUGCAGAUUCCAAAGGGCUGGAGUGUGAUGUACAGCAUUCGCGACACCCACGACACGUCAUCCGUCUUUAAGGACGUGGACGCCUUCGACCCCGACCGUUUCAGUCAGGAGCGUGGUGAAGACAAGGAGGGGCGCUUCCACUACCUCCCCUUUGGCGGCGGUGUGCGCUCCUGCCUGGGAAAGCAGCUGGCCACCCUCUUCCUGCGCAUCCUGGCCAUCGAGCUGGCGAGCACUAGCCGCUUCGAGCUGGCCACGCGACACUUCCCCCGCGUGGUCACUGUACCUGUGGUGCACCCGGUGGACGGGCUGAAAGUCAAGUUCUACGGCCUGGACUCCAACCAGAACGAGAUCAUGGCCAAGUCGGAGGAGCUGCUCGGAGCCACCGUGUGAAGGCCGGAACAGUGGCGGCGAGCGUGCCAUCAAGGGAGAAGAGCAAGGAUCGAUGCAAGGACAAGACAUUUUCUUCUGUUCUGUCGUUGAAGACUAAACAAAUAAGACGGAAGGAGUCUUCACUUCCUCUUCCAGCUGGUUGACUUUCCUCCAAGAAAGGAAAAAGCUGCCAAAAAGGUUCUGCUCUAAUCUGUUUCUUCUUCUCCAACUAAACAUGCGCAAACAAAGCUAAGGAGGAUCAUUGGAGCUUCUGGGGAAGCUCAGAUGGAUCAAACAGGGUACAGGAGGACAAAAACGUCUAAUGGGGGUUCACUUAAGUGUUUGACAUCCCGCUUGCAGUUCCCCACAACUAAAAUGUCUCAUUGUUCGAUGACUUGUAGUGCAUUUCCUGAUUGGCUGAACCUCUGAAGUGAUGGUUUGUGGGAAGAUGAGGCAACACAACCAUGAAGCUCACAGCUAACAGCUAGCAUCACAAACACUUAAUAUAUAAACAACAAAGCAGAUUCCAUUGAAGCCACUUUGUGACUGGAAUGAGAUCGGUGGGCGGAGCUUAGGCAAACUCCAACCAACCAAAGCCCGAGAGGGACGGACCAACGAGGUUUAAGGGUCUCAACACCACUGAGAUGUUCAUGAAAGAAAAGUAUUGUUGUUGCUGCUUCUUUUUUGUAUUCUAUAUACAAACUAAUGUGCACCAUCUUUACAAUCAAAUAGUCAACAGCCAAGUCAAUGUGUAUAUAAAUAUAAAUAUAAAGAAAUAAAUUUAAGAUCUGCAUCUUGUAAAAAGCAAAAGGAGCGUUGUUUGUAUCCGCAAGGGAAAUCAUCUACUACUACUAAUCUAAUAUUAAUGUUAUUAUUCUUGUUUUUAGCUUGAAAGAAAAUACUGCUUUGAUAUCAGAUGUUCAUAGUUCAAAUUGCUGACUGAUGAACACACAGAGAACACAAAAAGAAGAGAAAGACAAAGCACUUGGAGAUUAGAAUAUUUUAGAAGUACAAGCGACUACAUUUCUUCAAUUGUACAUAUUUGUACUUUGUUUUUGUAACCUUGUUCAAUAUACUCCUGUAAUAAAACAUGGAAGAAAAAAAACCCAUCUCAAUUUUGCACUCAAACGUCAAGGUCACAUCCUCCUGGCAAGGUCACAUUCACAAGGUCAAAGGGCAAGUUGGCUAUCAAACACCAGGCAGAAGUUUGCAUACACACACACACACACAUUAACAGGCCUAUUAACACACACAUGAUUACACAGAUAUUAACACACCUUAACACUCACACAUGACCGCACACGCGCACACACACACACACACACACACACUAACGCACGCCCAUAUUAACACACACAUUUACAGAGGAACACACAUGACCUGACACGUAACACGUGAGAUAUAUCAUGUGACACCAGCUCACCUGAGAUGCUGACAUAUUGAUUUUGUCUAAGAUGAUGACCCAUGACCCAGAGAAGCCAGCGGGGGGCUGAUGACAUCACUUCAUCAUCGAGAAGGCGAUGAAGUGAAAAUGGAAACGUGAAAGUGAAAGCGGAUCCAAGCAAUCAAUAGACCAACGAUAAUGAUCAGUGUUGUUUGACGUCUUUGUUCUCCUGCUUCCUCAUGCGUGGUUGGCAGGGUUGCGAUGCCGUGGAAAAGACCAACAUCAGACAGUUAGGACGUACUCACACUAGAACAUUAGCGCCGUGAUGAGCUUGGGUUCUAUUCCCACUCCCUCUCCUUUGGGCUAUAACCCAUUUACUUGUCCCAUCACUCCCAUUUUCAUGUUUUACUGACAUUUUCCUAACUUUGUGGAUUAUUUCCAGUCUUACUCUGAGUCAUUCUGAUUAUUUUGUCCAGGGUGGCUGCUGUCAUUAAUUCCUGGCGAGGUGCAAUCGCAUUAAUUAAAUAACAUGUUCUUAUUACGCACACAAAUGUAGACUUUAUUAUGCACACAAA